UGCUCUCUUGCCUCCGUCUCCACUGUCCUGUAAGAAGGAAAAUUUUUGGAGGGAGAAGAAAAAUUUUUUACUUUCAGCAGCUGACAUGGUUAAGAUGGAUUAAGUUGCAAGAGCCAGUUUGUACCAGGACAAGCCUGCAAGGCCGCUCCCGAGUCAAGUCCACAGGAAUCCACACGGUAACGUCCACCUGCAACACGAGGAGCGAGCUUGCGUCGACAAGAACUGCAUCUUGCUCACGGUGUCCGCCUUUUACCCUCGGGUCGACCUUAUUUGUCCCGCUCUAUAUUCCUCAUUCCCAGACGGUCUCGCGUCACACGAGGGAAGACUACAGGCUACCGACUAGUACUCGCGAAUUAGCAUAGCAUCCCUGCCUCAGGCCCAAGGCCCCUUGUGCAUGCUAUCCUUUUGGAAAGAGCCGGGCACUAGUAGUGGAGUUUGCAUGUGAAGUGCGGGACAACAUGAUAUCCUCAUGAGCAGCUAAAAUGUCGACGACCUCUUCGAGCAAACAGCAUGCCCGGCAUAGUUCCAACUUCUCAAAGAGCCGACCAGCUCCGAUGCCCAGCUCUCCUUUGAAAAGAUCCCACAGUGAUCAGGGCAUUGAAGAGAGCAGUCCCUUAGCCGUUUCCGACCGUCCUUGGGUUGAGCGCCCUCGAGCCAGCUCCUCGUCCAGUCAAGCCGCAGAGAAGACUCCCGCCAGGUCUUUCUAUGUCCGUUCGUUCCAUGGCCAGCUAGAUCCAGCUCAGUAUUCUUCUUCCGCUGGCCUCAGAGAUCAGACUGCAGAGCUCGCUGCGUUUGCUCUUUCUGAGAACGCCUCCCACCUUGGAACCUCUCCGCCGACUUCUUCAGCUGCUUCCGAUGAUGGUUACCCUGAAGUUAUCGAAGAAGUUUCGGAGCCAGUAACUCCAGCAAGUUCGGACCAUGACCAUCCUGGUGAUCCAGCCGUCUCCGAGUUGACUGCAAUGAUACAAAAUUCUAUGGGGCAAGAGGAGGACCGUCAUCAACACCUGAAUGAUGUCGAUAAGACAACAUCGCAUCGUCCUGCGUCAUCGAGCAGGCCGGAGGCUAGUCAGGCAGACGAGUAUACAGCCCUCAUUGGUGACCGGCGGACAGAACCCACAAAGUACGGCCAUUAUGUGGAUGUUGAGCGUCAGUAUGGUUCGGACAAGGGUGGUAUCAUCCAGAAAUGCAGAGACUCCGCGAGAAGAGUGCGUUCAUGCUGUUAUACACUCUCACAUCCCAAGACGUGGAGUGCCCGUGCCAUUUACCGGGAAGCAAUCGUCCACCCAGUCAGUCUCCUUCCAGCUGUCUUUCUCGGUCUGCUCCUCAACAUCCUGGAUGCUCUCUCCUACGGCAUGAUCUUGUUCCCGCUGGGAAAUGAAAUCUUUGAGGGUCUGGGCUCGGACGGGAUCGCCAUGUUCUACGUCAGCACUAUUGUGGCCCAGGUCGUCUAUUCUUCUGGCGGCUCAAUAUUCAGAGGCGGCAUUGGGUCCGAAAUGAUCGAGGUUGUCCCCUUUUUCCAUAAGAUGGCUUUUACGAUACUCCAGAAGGUGGGGGAUCAGAACCCCAAGGCUGUCCUUGCCACCACGAUACUAUCCUUUGCCAUCAGUUCUAUCUUGACCGGAGUGGUGUUCUUCCUCAUGGGAGCUUGCAAGCUAGGAUCGCUGAUUGGCUUCUUCCCGCGCCAUAUUCUCAUCGGCUGUAUUGGAGGCGUCGGCUGGUUUCUUGUUGCAACCGGCAUCGAAGUCUCUGCUCGAUUACCUGGGAAUCUGGAGUAUAACCUUGGCACCCUCAAGCAGCUGUUCCGGAGCGACACAAUCGCCUUGUGGACCGUGCCGUUAUUACUUGCCAUCACUUUACUCAUUGUACAACGCUUUGUAAAAUCAAAUCUGUUGGUCGGCGGCUACUUUCUGUCUGUCGCUGCCAUUUUCUACUUCUUCAAGUCCGCCUUGGGCAUAUCAAUGGAGACCCUGCACACCGGAGGCUGGGUUUUCGAUCCACCACCGGCCGGGAACCCGUGGUACCACUUCUACACGCUGUACGACUUCAAUGCGGUCCAUUGGGGAGCUCUUGCGGACACCAUCCCGGCCAUGUUUGCUCUGACGUUUUUCGGCGUCUUGCAUGUCCCCAUCAACGUGCCCGCUCUGGGUAUUUCUACCGGCGAGGAUAACUUGAGCGUCGACCGAGAGUUGGUCGCGCACGGUGUCUCGAACUGCCUCAGUGGUCUCUUCGGAAGUGUGCAGAACUAUCUUGUCUAUACCAACAGUCUUCUCUUUAUGGACAGCGGGGGCAAUGACCGUCUCGCAGGGCUGCUGCUGGCAGCCUGCACUGUCGGCAUCCUCUUGGCUGGUCCGGCUAUUAUUGGUUAUAUUCCCAUUAUGGUCGUUGGGGCCCUGAUUUUCCUCCUGGGCAUAGAGCUGCUGGAAGAAGCUCUUGUCGGCACCUGGGGCAAAGUACACAAACUUGAAUAUGCCACUAUCCUAAUCAUUGUCGUCACGAUGGGAGUGUGGGAUUUCGUGAUUGGGAUCCUGGUUGGCAUUUUGCUCGCUGCUUUGAGCUUUGUUGUGCAAACGUCUCGAAGAACUGCCAUCAGAGCAACAUACUCGGGGCAAGUCGCCAGGUCUCUCGUCCGACGACCGCCAGUUCAGCUUAAGUUCCUGCGGGAGACAGGCAAACAGAUCUUUCUCCUCCGGCUGGCUGGGUAUUUAUUCUUUGGGACGAUUGUUGGGGUUGAGAACCGAAUUCGAGCUCUUCUGGAGGAAGAUGCCUUUAGGGACCGGCCUCUGAGGUUCCUCAUCUUGGACAUGGCUCAGAUCAACGGCAUUGAUUUCUCUGCGGCAGAGGCGUUCACCAGAAUCAACCGUCUUCUGCAGAAGCGCGGUGUCGAGCUUAUCGUGAGCAACUUGGACGUUGAUGGCGAGGUUGGACAAGCUCUUCGCAAUGUGGGGUUGUUUGCGGCAGACUCAAACGUCCAGAUCUUCCCUGAUCUCAAUGUGGCACUGGAACACUGCGAGAAUAAACUGUUGACCGCCUUGUAUCGUCAACAAGAGCAGCGCCGCCCGAGGCGGAUAGGCGGGCACCUUGACAUGCCUCGAAGUCGGGCUCAAGAGCUUUCGUCCUCGUACAAGGCAGAAUUCAUGGGCAGCUCCCCUAGACGGACUCAUCUCCACCAAGUCGCUCAGACUACUCUGGACGAGGACACGUCCAGCUUGGCUAAGUGGCAAUCUUUCAAGCAACCUCUUCCCUUGAUGCUGCAAAUCUUUGCCGAUCUCUCCGACAAGAACGAGGACUUUUGGUACCGUGCCAUGAAAUACUUUGAAAGGGUCGUAUAUCCCAAAGGGUCGGUGUUGUUCAAGGUUGGAGAUCCUCCAGACGGCUUCUAUAUGCUUGAAGAAGGCAUUCUGCGCUGUGAUUACGAUUGGCCACAGGGCAAGUACUCGGAGCUGAUCGUAUCUGGGCGCCCAUGCGGAGAGCUGCCAUUUUUCUCCCAGACACCGCGGACUGCCACGAUGGUGGCCGAGAAGGAUUGUGUUACUUGGAGACUAGAUACGAAGCGAUGGCAUGAUAUGCAGGCACGAGAUCCGGAUAUGGCCGAGGAACUGCUCGUGAUCAGUUUGAAAUUGACCAAGGAAAGGAUGGAGGCUGUGACUUCAUAUGUCCUGACCACGGCAGGCUGAAGGAGGGCAUUUGUGAUUUGCUUAGCGAGGCUUCCACAGUACAUAUUCGGAGUGGCAGCCUGUACGGAGUAAGGAAAGGAAGACAAAAGUCAGCAAGCGUUGGGUGAUGAACAGCCUCGCGCUUUUGUGUGUUUGGAAGCGAAAUGGCGCUGUUGGUAUUCAUCGAACUGCGCAUGACUCCCUUGUUCGGGAAGAACUACAGGUCGACAGGACAUCGUUUACAGUGCGGCAGACAUCGAGAAUCUGUACCGAGUACCCCGUAUAAACAUGGUCAUUUUGGUGUUGGCCGAGACAAGAGCACGAUCUUGCUCAAAAGUGUUGUAAUGGUAAUGGUAUUUGGGUCUCUGCCUGUAGAGUACGGAGUACUCACAACAACCACCUCGGUCUCCAUUGUCUCUCUAUUAUUGUUUCGAGAUUUCCAUCCGUUUUGACGGAGGUGGUAUUUCACAAGGACUGGCGCCUUUUUAAUAACCCGCCGGACCGUCGCUUUUCGAGUCGCUGAUAUACCCGCUUCGACUAAG